CACCAGAGGCUGCCCAUGUGGGACGAAGAGAUGGAGAAGAUGAGGGAGAGGAGAGAUUUUGAUAUGAACUUACAGACAGAGAUAUUCAUCAGUCUGGGUUCUGAGGUGAGGUGUGUAGGGCUGGCAGGGGUGACCGAGUUUGCCUACACUGGUGCCAUAUCAGCUCUGAACAGAGAUUCACUGGCCCAGAUACAGACUGCAGCUAAAACACUAGGGGUCCCCAGAGUUCUAGAACUCUGCAGGGAAGAGGAGGGGAAGAUGAAGAAGGGAGUAGAGAAGAGGACUGAGGAAAAGAAGGUAUCUGCUGAAGAACAGAUGAAGCUCACUCUUCAGUCAAUCAGACAGCUGUGGAAAGAGGGAGUGGGCUGUGAUGUGGAGCUGGAGGUUGAUGGGACAUCAUUCCAUGUCCACAAAGUGCUCAUGGCUGCCAGUAGUGACUUCUUCCGGGGAAUGUUCACCAGCGGGAUGAAGGAAUCCCAGCAGCCCUGUGUGGCCCUUCCCUUCCUGGAGGCUGCUGAGCUGGAGGCCAUGAUUGGCUGCUCCUACAGUGGGUCCCUCCCCAUCAGCUGGGGGUGUGUCUUUGAGAUUACCUGCACCGCCCUCCAGCUCCAGUUCCAGCCCGCCCUCUCGCUGUGCCUCAACUUCCUGGAACAGGAAAUCGAUGCUCACUCCUGCCUGGACGUGGCCUCCUUCGCUGAGGCUUAUGGGAUGCCGGAACUCCUCGAAGUGGCAAACAGUUUUGUCCUGAGACACUUCCAAAACGUGGCAGCCACCCCUAAAUUUCAAGACCUGCCAGCCAAGAAGCUUAGAAGAUAUCUGAAAAGCGAUUCCCUCUUUGUGCCCUCUGAGCUUGUCGUCUUCAAGGCUGUGGUGGCUUGGAUCGAGGCGUGUCCCAGCAAAAGGCUUAAACUCACCAAAGAGCUGAUGAAGAAAGUCCACUUUCCCCUCAUGAACAUCAAGGAGUUCAAUGAAGUUAAAACCACAAAACUGUGGUCUGAACGCAACACGGAAGGUCUCUACCUGACUAUACUGGAGGACUUUCACUCCCAUCACGUUGCACCUCGAACCCUGUGCAGGGUUUACUUGCCAAAGGACAGUCUAGUCUUGGUGGGUGGAGAUCAGAUCUCUGCCGACUUUAGCCGCCGAUCUCCCAGCCGAGAACUGUGGUUCGGAAACUCUCUGAGGAACUACACAGGCAUUGUAAAGAAUGUGGAAUGGAGGUUGCUUGGAGAGAUGCCAAAGCCACCAAGGCUAAGUCACGAGGUGGCGGUACUCACAGGGAAGUUGUACGUGGUCGGGGGACAGAGUUAUGAAGGCACACUUGACGUUUUCAACUCGACCUACAGAUAUGAUCCGCUUCAGAACCUCUGGGAGAGGUUGGCUGACUUGCAUAAGACAAGGUGCAACUUUUCCAUGGUUGUGCUGGACAGGAUGAUAUAUGCCAUUGGAGGGGACAUUGAUCCAGAAACUAACCUGGAUAGUGUGGAGCGCUACUGUCCAAACACAGAUUCCUGGAGCUUUUCGCGACCCUUGGAUAUGACAUUGAGCUGCCAUGCUGCCACAAUGUUGAAUGGAAAGAUUUUCAUCUCAGGGGGGUUGGACUGCAGACACCAGUGUCGAGUAUCCAUGUUUCUGUACCACCCUGAGAGGGGAACCACCUACCUGGCCGAGAUGAGCCAACCUCGGGCCCGUCACUGCAUGGAGACUUUAAACGGCAAUCUUUACGUGGCAGGAGGUGUCACUGUUGAUGAAAACAUGACGUCUAUCGACCAGCUGGCCUGUGAGGUCUAUGACUCGGUUAGUGACAUUUGGAGUGCUCUCACACCCCUGGCCGUCCCCCAUGUUGGAGCAGCCUCUGUGGUUCUGGAGGAGAUGCUCUAUGUGCUGGGAGGAUACUGCCAAGAGGACUACAGGGAGACCAGACUGGUUCAUCGUUAUGAUCCCACCAUCCAAUUUUGGGAGAAUAUGGGCGAGAUGCCAGGACCCAACACUGACAUACGAGCCUGUUUGCUGCACCUACCCAACCACUUAAGACAAUGA